AUGCUCCAAGGGGCCACGGGGAGCUGGGCUGACCAGCGAGAGCACAAGCCCCCACCUCGAGCCACGGUCCGGCUGCUGAGACCGCUCAGAGAGCGUCCGGAGGCCAGCGGCCCGCCCUGACGGUUCUGGUUGCCAGGAAAGGCGGUGGCUCCACGGUGUCCCAACCCGCUGGCGGGGCGGGCCCUGGCCAGCGCGGCGUCACGCGGGCGGGGCGGCCAGAGUCCAGGGCGCCAGGGCAGCGGCCGGAGUCCGAUGGCGGCGGAGCAGGACCCCGAGGGGCGCGCGGCGGCGCGGCCGCUGCUCACCGACCUGUACCAGGCCACCAUGGCGCUGGGCUACUGGCGCGCCGGCCGGGCGCAGGAGGCGGCCGAGUUCGAGCUCUUCUUUCGCCGCUGCCCGUUCGGCGGAGCCUUCGCCUUGGCCGCGGGGCUGCGCGACUGCGUGCGUUUCGUGCGCGCCUUCCGCCUGAGGGACGCAGACGUGCAGUUCCUGGCCUCGGUGCUGCCCCCAGACACAGACCCCGCGUUCUUCCAGCAUCUUCGUGCCCUCGACUGCUCCGGGGUGACAGUGCGGGCCCUGCCCGAGGGCUCCCUCGCCUUCCCCGGCGUGCCGCUGCUGCAGGUGUCCGGGCCGCUCCUGGUGGUGCAGCUGCUGGAGACGCCGCUCCUCUGCCUGGUCAGCUACGCCAGCCUCAUCGCCACGAACGCCGCGCGGCUUCGCCUGAUCGCAGGGCCGGAGAAGCGGCUGCUGGAGCUGGGGCUUCGGCGGGCUCAGGGCCCCGACGGGGGUCUCACCGCCUCUACCUACAGCUACCUGGGCGGCUUCGAUGGCAGCAGCAACAUGCUCGCAGGACAGCUGCGGGGCGUGCCGGUGGCCGGGACCCUGGCGCACUCCUUCAUCACUUCCUUUUCAGGCACCGAGGUGCCCCCUGACCCGAUGUUGGCUCCAGCGGCUGGUCAGGGCCCCAGGGUGGACCUGGCCGCCUGCGUGGAGACGUGGCUGGAGCGUGUCUGUGGCCACCUGGGGCUGGGGGUGCAGGAGCCACACCGGGGUGAGCGGGCAGCCUUUGUGGCCUAUGCCCUGGCCUUUCCCCGGGCCUUCCAGGGCCUGCUGGACACCUACAGUGUGCGGAGGAGUGGUCUCCCCAACUUCCUGGCUGUAGCCCUGGCACUGGAGGAGCUGGGCUACCAGGCAGUGGGAGUGAGGCUGGACAGUGGCGACCUGCUUCAGCAGGCUCAGGAGACCCGCGGCGUCUUCCGAACCGUGGCGGCCCAGUUCCGGGUGCCCUGGCUGGAAUCCAUCCCCAUUGCUGUCAGCAACAACAUUGACGAGGAGGAGCUGGCCAGGCUGGCCCAGAAGGGCAGUGAGGUGAACGUCAUCGGCAUCGGUACUAGCGUGGUCACCUGCCCUCGCCAGCCUUCCCUGGGCUGUGUCUACAAGCUGGUGUCCGUGGGUGGCCAGCCGCGGAUGAAGCUGACUGAGGACCCCGAGAAGCAGACAUUGCCUGGGAGCAAGGCUGCCUUCCGGCUCCUGGGCUCCGAUGGGGCUCUGCUGUUAGACGUGCUGCAGUUAGCAGAGGAGCCACCUCCCCAGGCUGGCCAGGAGCUCAGAGUCUGGCCUCAAGGGACCCAGGAGUCCUGUACCGUGAGGCCGGCACACGUGGAGCCGCUGCUGCGACUCUGGGUCCAGCAGGGACAGCCCCUUCCUCCCUCUUCUCCCCAGCUGUGUGAGCCCCUCCCAUCUCUGGCCGAAUCUAGAGCCUUCGCCCAGCGGUCCCUGAGCCGUCUGAGUCCUGCCCACAGGCGGCUUGAGCAGCCUGCACUGUACCAGGUGGCGCUGUCUGAGAAGCUCCGGGCCCUGGUGGACAGACUGAGUGCCAGAGGUGCCCUCUGAGAAUCCCCUGCUGGGAGCUGCCUGAAAUUAACAUGAGUCACUCACUAUCCCCA